AUGGAAUCUGAAAAUGUGGGCACUGUCGAUGUCAUCAAGGUUGUACUGGAGAUGCUUUCGAAAGCAGCACGUCAGUUGAAGAUAGCACCAAAUGGUGAGAUUUGUUCUCGAUAUGGAUAUUUUAAAUGUGGCAUAUUCGACUGUAAAAUCAAUAAGUUUGAAACUAUACCCGCACUGGAAACUGUUGUAAACACUUAA